AUGGAGAGGUUUUCUUUAACAAUUAUGGCAUUUGAUCGGUUAAUUGCUAUAAUCUAUCCUCUUCAGUAUCAUAGUUAUUUAACAAAUACACGUACACUAGUAUUUACAUGUAUUCUGUGGAUUGUUGCCUGUAGUUUUGUGCUUUUUACACUUGUAACAGCUACACCGCUCCCUCACUGCUAUUCGAGGCUUAGGUUUGGUGUGGUAUUAACUCUUGAAGAACGCCAGGGUUUAUUGAUUGGCACCAUCCUCGCUCCAUCUCUUGUAAAUCCUUUUGUUUAUUGUCUCAGGACAAAGGAAAUUAAAAGUAAGAUUAUUAAGAUAUUCAGGAAGGUUAACACAGCUGGUUAG